AUGGAGACACUCAGAGCAACAACUUUGAACGACAAAGUAAAAAUCCAAGCAAAUAUCGAUGAUUUUAAGCCAUCCACAGUAAUUGACUUCUUCAAUGAGACAGUCGAAAAUUUUCCAUCUCAUUUGGCAUUGGCAAGUCGUGAUGCAAAUGGAAAAUGGAAUUUUCUCACAUAUCAAGAAUACAAAAAUCGGGUGGAAAAAAUUGCAAAAGUUUUCAUCAAGCUUGGAUUGAGUGAGCGUGGCGUUGUUGCAAUUCUUGCAUGGAAUUGUCCUGAAUGGGUUGUUGCUGCAUUGGGAGCCAUUCAUGCUGGUGGCGUAGUAACAGCAAUCUACACAACCAGCAGCACACCAGCAUGCCAAUACAUCAUUGAUUCAUCAAAAACUGAAAUUUUAAUAAUAGACAACCUAGAACAACUUCGAAAAAUCAAUGAAAUUAAGGAUGAUUUACCGCAUCUUAAACACAUAAUUCUAUUAUCUGACAUUAAUAUAAAUUUGAUGGAAAAUGCCAUUUUAAAUUGGAAUCAACUAAUGAAACUUGACACAGAUGAUACAGAAAUAGAGUAUAAAAGAAGAUUAAAUCAGAUAGUUCCUAAUGAAUGCUGUACUAUUAUGUAUACAUCAGGUACAACAGGAUUUCCAAAAGGUGCCAUGUUGUCACAUGACAGUCUAAUAUGGAAUAUUAAGAAGUGUUUUCAGGCAAUGAAACGAAUUGAGGUAGGCAAGGAAGUAUUAAUCUCAUACCUUCCUCUAUCACAUCUAACUGCAUUUGCGGCUGAUAUAUUCCAAGUUAUCAACAUGGCAGGAACAGUUUAUUUUGCUGACAUAAAGUCGGUAUUGGAAUGUCUGCAGGAGAUUCAACCAACCGUGUUUGUUGCUGUGCCAAGAAUUUAUGAAAAGAUUCAGGAAAAAGUGAGCGAGAAAAUCAAUGAAUUUAAUUUAAUUAUAAGGAAAAUCUUCUCAUGGUCGCAAAAUGUAAUCUCUGAACAUUAUUUUACACCUAAUUCCUCGUCCUUAAAAUGUGAUUUUGUAAAUCACUUUGUCAUUAGAAGAAUUAAAGAAGCUUUAGGUUUUCAAAACUGUAAACUAUUCUUUACGGGCAGUGCUCCGAUGAGCAUUGAGACGAAAAAGUUUUUCAUUUCUUUAAGCAUGCCGAUAUACGAGGCAUAUGGCAUGAGUGAAUCGUCAACUGUCCAUUGCUUAACAUCGCAUGAAACUCAAAUUCAUUCAUUCGAAAGUGUUGGAGUCUGUCUUGAUGGAACCGAAACUAAAAUUAUAAAUAUGGAUGGAAAUGGGAAUGGGGAAAUUUGCAUGCGUGGACGACAUGUUUUUAUGGGUUACUUAAAUGAUAUACAACAGACAAUUCAAACAAUUGAUGAUGAGGGAUGGCUCCAUACUGGCGACAUUGGACGAAUUGAUGAAAAUGGAUUAAUUUUUGUUAAUGGACGGAAGAAGGAGUUGAUUAUCACGAGUGGUGGUGAAAAUAUUCCAAAAGCUCGAAUUGAGAAUCUGGUGAAGCUUGAAUGUCCAGCAAUUUCUAAUGCUUUUUUGAUUGGAGAUAAAAGAAAGUUUCUAUCAAUUUUAUUGUCUUUAAAGACUGAAAUUGAUGAAAAUUUAAAACCAAAAGAUGAUUUGGCACCUGAAGCUCAAAAAUGGUUGACUCAGAACUCCUUAAACUUUUCAACUUUAAGUGACAUCUUAAGUCCAAAGGAUGAGAAAAUAUUUAAAGCAUUCCAAAAUGUCAUUGACCGAGUAAACGCUCAAGCACUUUCAAAUCCCCAAAGAAUACAAAAAUUUGCGAUUCUUCCGAAUGACUUCACAAUUGCGACUGGAGAAUUGACGCCAACGUUAAAAGUUAAAAGACAUUUUGUUCUCGAAAAAUAUCGAAACAUUAUUGAUGGAUUUUAUUUAUAA